UCUGUAUCCUAGUGCCUGAGUUAAUAAGCAAUUCAUCCCUCCUUGGUGAUGACAGUAGAAACCUGUAAUCAGGAUCCCAAAUAGUACAGUUGGGACUCAUUCUGAUCCAGUCUAGCUUAUGGAAUUGCUGAAGAUCUGAGAUCAAUGAAAAAACAUUUUUGCAUGCAAAAAAGGAUCAUUUUGGUUUAUUUGUUUUAAAUCAUCAAGUGUGGGGCUUGAUGACUCAUCUACAAGAUUUCUUCACUGACGUCUGAAGAACAAAGUGCUUUUCAACCUAUACUUCCGUAGCACUAUGACUAACUGUAAAGGUAGAUCUACUAUCUCCAAAACAAAUAGCAAAGUUCAUGACAGAGAAGGUUUUGUAAACUGGACCAUAAAUCUUAAUACAAUUCAGUCAGAUAAAUUUUUGAGACUGCUUUUGAGUAUGGUUCCUGUUGUUUACCAAAUAAACCAGGAUGAAAGACACAAAAAAGCCAACGGUGUCUGGCAAGAGGGAUUACAACCAGCAGGACACAAUUUUAAUGUUAGGUCUGAACAACACACAGAGUACCAUCACUUUUCAGAACCAAGUUUUCAUGGUAGUAAUGGACACAGCUCAUCUAGCUGUAGCCCUAAAUAUGAUGAUUUUACCAGUUAUAAUUACUGUGAUGGAAUGGAUGCCUCAGAAACAGAUGCCAUGUUGCAGGAAGACAACCUAUCUAGUGACAGCAACGAAGACAUCAUUGUGGAAGGAAGUAGAAAACAACCCAAAGAAUCUAGCAGUAUUAUGGCAUUACAGAUACUUGUACCGUUUUUGCUAGCAGGAUUUGGAACUGUUUCUGCUGGCAUGGUUUUGGAUAUUGUACAGCAUUGGGAUGUGUUCAAGAAUGUUACUGAAGUUUUUAUCUUGGUUCCUGCACUUCUUGGUCUCAAAGGAAAUUUGGAAAUGACCCUGGCAUCCCGGCUGUCAACUGCUGUAAAUAUUGGAAAAAUGGAUUCUCCCAUUGAGAAAUGGAACCUAAUAAUUGGCAACUUAGCCUUGAAACAGGUUCAGGCAACAGUAGUUGGUUUUCUGGCAGCAGUGGCAGCAGUUAUAUUGGGCUGGAUUCCAGAAGGCAAAUACCGUUUUGAUCAUUCGAUCCUCCUGUGUUCUAGCAGUGUAGCAACUGCCUUCAUAGCUUCUCUUUUACAAGGAAUAAUAAUGGUUGGAGUUAUUGUUGGAUCAAAGAAGACUGGUAUUAAUCCUGACAAUGUUGCCACUCCUAUAGCAGCAAGUUUUGGAGAUCUCAUCACUCUUGCUAUACUAGCAUGGAUAAGUCAGGGUCUUUAUACUUGCCUUGAGACAUAUUACUAUGUAUCUCCUUUGGUUGGUGCCUUUUUUUUGGCUCUGACUCCGAUGGGGAUUGUCAUAGCUGCCAAACACCCAGCUACCAGAACUGUUCUCCAUUCAGGAUGGGAGCCUGUUAUAACUGCCAUGGUUAUAAGCAGUAUUGGUGGCCUUAUUCUGGACACAACUGUAUCUGAUCCUAACUUAGUUGGAAUUGUUGUUUAUACCCCAGUAAUUAAUGGUAUUGGUGGUAAUUUAGUAGCUAUUCAAGCUAGCAGAAUUUCUACCUACCUCCAUUUACAUAGCAUUCCUGGAGAGCUGCCAGAAGAAGCCAAGGGUUGCUAUUACCCGUGCAGAACCUAUUAUGGUUCAGGAGUAAAUAACAAAUCAGCCCAAGUUCUGCUUCUUUUGGUGAUUCCUGGACACCUGAUUUUCUUGUACACUAUCCACUUAAUGAAGAGCGGCCACACUUCCUUAACUCCUAUCUUUAUAGCAGUGUAUUUGUUUGCAGCUCUGCUACAGGUGUUUACUCUGUUAUGGAUUGCUGACUGGAUGGUGCACCACUUCUGGAAAAAAGGAAAAGAUCCUGACAGUUUUUCUAUCCCUUAUCUUACUGCACUGGGAGAUCUGCUUGGAACUGCCUUAUUAGCUAUAGGUUUUCAUUUUCUGUGGCUCAUAGGUGACAGAGAUGGUGACGUUGGAGACUAAUUAUUCCGAUGGAUGGAAUGACUUUGCCUGGAAAAUUGACAAGACCAGUUAUUCCACUUGAAGGUCCUCAAAGUGCUUGUUCCAUUUGGUAUGAGUAAUUCAAGUUGACACAGAUCUAAAACAGCCUUAAUGAUUUUAGCUUGGUUUGUUUUUCAAAAAACAUGGUGGAACUAGGAGGAUACAUGAGACUUUUACUCUGAAACCAAGGUGGAUUGCUGCUAGUUGAAAACAUCUGAGUAGACUCAAUGAAGAUUAAUCCUUUACCAAGUUUUAAAUUUUUAAAAGAUCUAAUCUUUUAAAAGAACAGUUUCUUACCUGCAUUGCAAACCAGAACAGUUUCUAAUUGCUCAUUCAGCAAUGAUGAAGAAGAGGGUAAGACCCAAUCAGUGGCUUGCCUUGUCUUUCCCUCCCAGGAACAAAGCAGUUAUAUAUUUUCAUCAUGCCACAGAAGUGGUUAGUAGACGUCAGAUGAAUUCAGUUUCAUAGACAUUACCUAAUUAGUUGAUGAUAUGGUCUUAUCUUGCAAUUUCAGUGCUGUAGCUCUCUGACCACUGCAGACUUCAUAUUAAUAAUAACUGUUACGGUGAUUUGAA